GGGGGCGGGGCCGCGGGCGCGGUGGGCGGGGCCGUGGGCGGGGCUUCCGCGGCCGGUGCGUCGGGCGGCGGCGGGAAGAUGGCGGCGGGCGCGCGGGGCCCGCAGCGGGGGCGGCCGGUGCGGCGCUGAUGGGACGGGACCCGCCGCGACCUUGACCCAGCCCGGCCGAGGCAGCAGGAUGGAGAGAGGGGCCGCGCGGCCCCCCCGGCGCCGCCAGCCCGCAGUGGGACCCGCCGCCCCCCGCGGGACACCGCGCCGCCCGUGACCGCGCGUCCCCAUGGACAGGAUGAGCUGGCUGAGCAAGCUGAACCCGCGGGGGGGCGGGCAGCGGGCCCCCCGCAGCGCCAGCCUGCAGAGCCCGGUCACCGCCGACCCCGAGACCUGCCUCAUGGUGUUCAAGAACCACUGGGCACAGGUCCUGCGCAUCCUGGAGCGCCGCGGCUGCAGCCCGGCCCCCGACGACCUGAGCGCCGUGCGCAACCACACCUACCAGAUGCUGAACCUGCUGGCGCAGGACCGGCCGCGGGGGGAGGCGCCGCGGGGCCCCAUCCUGGAGCUGGUGGCCGCCGAGGACGUGCUGGAGCGGCUGCUGGGCUGGCAGCUGCAGGGCGAGCCGAGCGAGGAGCGCAAGGUGGAGCAGCUCAAGCUCUACGAGAUGCUCAUCAGCCAGGCGCGGCAGCCGCUGCUCCGGCACCGCGCGGUGCUGACGCCGCUGCUGCGGCUGCUGGGCCUGUGCGCCGAGCCCGGCUCGGCCGCGCUGGACAACAGCCUGGUGCUGCUGCUCAGCCAGCUCUGCGCCUCCGUGGCGCAGGAGCCCGCCGUCCUGGAGCUGUUCUUCCACAGCCCCGCCGACCAGGGCCCCGCCAACCUCAUCAUCUUCUCCCUGCUCAUCCCCUUCAUCCACCACGAGGGCGUCCUGGGCCAGCAGGCGCGCGACGCGCUGCUGCUCAUCAUGGCCAUGUCCGCCGGCAACCCGGCCGUGGCCAGGUCCAUCACCGACAACUCCUACUUCUGCCCGGUCCUGGCCACGGGGCUGAGCGCGCUGUACUCGUCGCUGCCGCGCAAGCUGGAGGCGCGGGGGGACGACUGGCACUGCCUGCGCCGCGAGGACUGGAUCGGCGUCUCCUCCCUCGUGCUCUCAUGAACUCGCUGGAGUUCUGCAACGGCCGUCAUACAGGUCGCGCACCCCCUGGUGCAGAAGCAGCUGGGUCGACUACGUGCACAACGGGUUCCUGGUGCCGGUGAUGGGGCCGGCGCUGCACAAGGUGAGGGACGUCCCCGCCGGGCUCCCGCUCCCGUUCCUGCUCCCUCCCGCUCCCUCCCUCCCCCUCCCGCU